CUCCGCCGAUUAUUCAGGCGAAAUAUGCGGCCAUCAGAUCCCGUCCCUGGAUGUCACCGCCCCACGCCGUUGGCACAGACUCCCCAUCCCGUCGCUGGAUGGAGGAUGCCGCUGGAGGCGGCCGAGCCAACGACGAGCGUAGGACGCGGGCGGACCUCCCUCGCCCUGCCUUGCCGCCCCUCCGGCCCUCAUCAUCCUCGUGCUUCUCCCGCACCGGCGUCUCCCCGCCGCCUCGGCACCUUCCGUAGCAGGCCAGGAUCGGAGCCAAGAAUGAGGCGUCCGCACGCGACCAUCUCUCCCUUCGAGCACCUUCGACUCACCCCUGACUGUUGCCGCCAACUUCACUGGAAGCAACACGAUGAUCCAGAUGCCUUCAAGCACAAGCUCGGCGACCCCCAGCAAGGUGACCGAGCACGCGCAGCCGCUGGCCAGUGAGCAGGAGAAGCUCACCGCCGAGGCUGAGUUCAGAACUACAUAUAGGUAGGUAGAUGGAUGAACAUGAGAUACCUUUUUUUCCUUUUUCUCCUGUUUAUCUAGAUCAGCCGAUCACCAAGGCAUGUAGCUGUUUGUAAUUAAUAAUGGAAGUGCAAGCAUUCUCA